AUGGCUGCCUUGGCUGUUGUUUUGCUCUUCUGUUCCUUGAUAGCUCCUGUACCGAUUCGGAAACUGGGAGAAUCAGCUUCUCCAGGGACCAUCCUUACGGACGAAGCGACUUUUGCUGCGGCGGGAAACCCCAUGGCGUUCUUGUAUAAUUUCUCACUAGCACAGAACACAACCUUGGAAGUCCAGACCGAUUUUAAGCUCUGUGCUGCCUACGCUGCGCCUGCCUUGAACACUGAGGGGGUCCCGCAGCUGAAGAAGCUGCGCGACAACGACUCGUAUCCCAAGAAUAUCUCGCCACAUAACCUUAGCACAGACCUCGACCAGUCAUGGUUGGAAACCUCGAUGGUCCCUACAGAAGGUGUCAGUCCGUCCCAAAAACAGCUCCGAUCAGUUGCGUAUUACAUCAGUGUCAACGGCAGGAUGCAGAAACACAGCCGCGGCAACGACAUCACAAACGCCGUGGGGUCGACAAGAGUGCAUUUCCGAUGA